CACGAAAUCAUCGUACAAGUAAUUACAUUUUGCGACGGAGAAAUAGUAGGGAUUCAUUCAACCAAUCAGCCGCAAAGUGAUAACGACCGAUCCUGAAUUGAGUAGAUCAGGUCGAGUGUUUACCGUCCGUAUUUACUAUUGCUACGACUCAUGCUGUAACGUGAGUUACUAAGCUUGAAUUUUACUGUCGAGACGUCAGUAUUCCAGUGCACGCGUUGCGAUACGGUAUCCUGUUCGAGUAUCCAUGUCACGUACAUCGCGAAAGUUGAUUCACGACUAACCUCUGACACGGUGUGUAAUAUCCCGCAAAAAAAAAAAAAAGAAAAUGGAUAAAAGUAGGUUAGGAUACCGUGAAGAUGUUAGUAGUCAUUCCAAGAAAAGUAAGAAACGAUCUAAUAAGAAAAACAGUGUGCUUGGCUCCUGGAUGAAUAAUGUGCAAAGCAAUCAAAACAACGAUAUGAUAUCCGGUAUGGAAUAUCCACACUUAUUGUGGCAGUCCAAUAUGCCACAGAACUUUCAGAACAGUGGGCAACGUCUUUUUACAACGACGUCUGAUCCUAGCAUGUGUGGUUAUACACAGAUGCCCAUGACAUACACCAUGGAACCUGUUUCAUUGCCAACCAUGUAUAGAUUCUAUCAGCCAGUGCCAGUUUCUGGUAUUAGGACUGUUCACAACAGACCUCGACGACAAUGUAAUCAAAAUCAGCCAAUGAAUUUGAGUAUGAAUUCCAUGGCAAAUGGUUAUACGAGUUUGCAAGAAAACGGUGGUGAAUCUCCUAUCCCUGCUAACUGUCAGAAUGGAGAGUAUACAAGUUUACCUACUGCUAACAAGAACAAUGAAAUAAAUGGAGAUGAAAUAAAUUCAGAGCAUCGAAGGUAUUCAGAUCCUGGUCUUGGGUCUGCAGAAGCUACAGUUCAUAGCCAAAGCGAAGACUCUGAUAGUGCUGACAGUGGCAGUUCCAUUACUACAAUUGGGCGUAGUAAUAAAUUGGUUCUAUCUCUUAUUGAACAGAUGACAGAAUUGAAAAAAAGCAACAGUCAGCUGUUUAAAGAGUUGAAUGAAACAAAGUCUGAAAUAGGUAGUAUGAAGGUAAAGCUAGCAGUGUGCAGUUCUUCAGAUUACCAACCAGGAAUGUUAUCAGAUUUCAUUCGUGAAAUCAGACAAGCCAAUAAAACCUACGAAGAGGUAUUGGUUUCAAAAGUAAAAUCCAUGAUUGAGGAAAAGCUAAACCAAAAAUCAUUGGAAAUAGUAAAUUUAAACCAACGAAGGCCGCGAGAUCGCCGCGUUCGAGGAAGAGACUCUGGCACUGAGACGGGAGCUGCAGGAGGCCCGGGCGUCCAAGUGCCUGGCCGAGGCAAAUCACAUGGCAAAGUGCGUAAACGCAGCAUCGGUCACGCCUGUCGCUACUUUCGAUACUACGCAAUCCUACGUAACCAGCACCCCCGUGCGUACCGCUCUAUCCGACACCUGUAGCCUGAUCCCUGCACAACCGUCAUCGACAUCGUCGUUCUCCUCGAUGGUCCCGCAACACUUCACCUCGUCACUAUGUUCCCGAACCGCGGAGCUGGCACAGCAUCUCGUCACAGCUGACAAGACGAACGUUUGCCGAACUGGCGAUUGUGGCAGCCCAACGACGUCCAUCAAUGCGUCGUGGUCUCUGGACGAUCAGGCCCUGGUGACUAGUAGUGGCAACCAGUCGCCAGUGAUCGCCACCAACACUAGUACUAGCUCGGAAUCACGACAUCAGGAUGUCAUCAGUUUGGGGGAGAGUUCUAACAUCUCUGGCUUCGAACUGACACUGGAGACCAGGAGUUCUGAUCAACACGAGGAUGACUCUGUUUUCGACGAUCAGAAUCUGCUGGAUGAGCUCAACCUCAGCUCGAAGAUGAUUACGGAAGAGAGUAUCGCGCGAGACGACGAUUUGAAGACAGAAGAUUCCACCGUGACGAAGAGCUCAGAGACGGUGUCCGCGACGUCGAGCGUGCAAGAGAAAAGAAUAAAGGAGUCGAGGAAGGAGCUGGAACUGUCGCGUGGCGGUCAUCAUCAGAGAGCAGGAUCGAAGAAAUCCAGGAAGAAGAAGGGCAGUUCCCUGUCGAAGAGAUCGUUCAGCGAAACGGAGGGAGAGAGGAACAACGAAAUCGGGGCGAAAGACAUGCGGAGAACGACUGGAGAAGCUGAUGGACAUUCUGCAUAAUAAGAUGAUCGAUGCCACCGGCCAAGAGGAAACCAUCCCGUGCUUGACGAACGUGAAACGCGCGAACAACACUUCCUCCUCGUCCGAUGAUCAAGAGGACGACGAAGAUGAGACGGAGGGGAAGGAUCAUCAGGAAGAAAAGCAACGAAAGGACGAAGAGGACGAGAGUAAAGUGGACGAGCAAGGAGGAACAGCGUACAGAGAGAAGGUUUCUGAAUGGUUGUCGAUGAUCGAGAGUGGUGUUAAACUGUCCGGACCUGUUACCGAUCUCUAGAGCGACGUUUUCGGAAUAUUCUCGCUUUAGAGUGAAGUUUUUGGAAAUUUCGAAGUAGAGUGAAGAAACAGGGUGAUUUGCUGGUGUUUGAAUGAAGUUUGAAAGGUUUCUGUGUGAUUGAGAGGAAGAACGUACGUUUGGAAUUCUUUUUUGAACGUUGGACAUUUUUUUGAGAGAAUGUGAAAAUGUGUACAAAUUGAGAUUUGAGGCAUUGGAUUUGUUAAACUGAGGUUUGAAUCAUAAAAAUACAGGAUUUGGCGUAAUUCGAAAGCUUGGAGUGUUGAGAUGGUUUGGCAGGAGAAUUCAGAAUGAAUGUUUAGAUUCGUUGGUCAACUUUAAAAUCGAUGUUUGGGACAUUGAUUUCGAACGACUUGAAAGAAACUUAGAGGAACCUGUAUUCGUGUAGAAGUUCUAAAAUCCAAUAUUAAAUCGAGUGUGUAAUUAGAUUUUAAGCUAGACAUUCGAAAAUUCGGAGAUCUUGCUAAGAAUUCAAACUGGUUUUUUAGUGACAGAGGACAGAAUUUGUGAUUCUUUGAGUUGAAGUGUUCACGAAUUUUUCGCGAAUAUGAUGACAGAAUCAAAAUUGUUAUCUAUGGCAUUAGACUAACUCUUCCAAGAAUUGUCAAAUUUUCACGUAGGAGAAAAAGAGCCAAAAAUCGUUAACGAUCGUUAAAGAGAGUCAAGUUCUCUAAGUUCGUGUCAUCUGUCAAAAAAAAAAAAAGAAUUUUGAAGUAAUGAAAAGUAUCUUAGAAUAGUAAUAAAAAGUAAUAAAAAGUAUCUUUGAAGUAAUAAGAAGAAACAAUCGAAAAGAAAUCAAUCUUUUUGAAAAUGUCCUCCAUUAAAAUUAUUCGAGCUCGAAAAAUCUAAACAAAAUUUUGUUCAGUAAGAAACAAAUCUGUUAAAUGAUUGCGUGACAAAUUUGUUAAUGAUUUUUACAAUUGUUUCUUUGAAUAUUAUGUAGUGGUUGAUUUUUGACAUUUUAAUAAAUAUUGCGGAGAAUAUGGAUCGCAACGAAACGAGAAUACGAAAAUUUCUAUAAUAUAAUAUAAUUUACAUUACAAACUGCAGGAAUUUUUGUAUUUUUCACACAGGGUUAAACGUUGGUACUUAAGGUUUCUGUUAAGGAUUAAAUAAUAUUGUACAUAGAAUUAGGAUUGGAAAAGCAGAUUGUGGAGCCCUCGUGCCUCAACCUUUGAAUAAUCGUAAUUUAUUUUAAUUUUAAAACUUACUCCCUACAUUUCUUGUGUCAUAAAUUUUAAUAAAGAGAUUAAUACUUUGAAAUAAUGGGAGGAUAAUCUCUUGAUUAUUCGAAGGUUGGUUACGAGGAUUGGUAAUACCGAUCUUCUUACCUGUGAUCGUUCAUUCGUCCUAAUCUUUUGAAAACACGGUUCCUUAAAAAGCUUCUUAUUAUGCCGUCAAACGUGCCUAUCGAGUUUGCUAGAUUUGUUGAAUAAAUUUUUGCACGAAUAAGUGCAUAUUUUUAUCCCUCGCUGUUCAUCAUGGAACUGAGAAUGCUAAAAAUAAAAUAAAAUAUAAAAAAAGUAAGUACUGAAAAUAAAAUAAUUGAUAUUUAAAUAAAAUUAUUAAAAAUAUAUAAAAUAAUUGGAACUAUCCAAUACGGAAUAUAAUUGAAAUUAAAAUAUGUUUUUGAUUACAAGUAAAUCUACAAAUAUUCAAGUAUUCCAUACCUUAGAGAAGUUUCGAUAUUUUAAAGAAAAAUUCUCAGUCUUUAUUAACCCUUGAUAUGAUAUCUUCGAGCUAUAUAUGAUUACGAUAAUUUAUGUUAGAUUAUUAAAAGUUAGAAUAAUCAGUUGUAUUUUAUAUUUAUGUUCUUGGUGAUGAAAGUAAAUUAAAUUAAUUAAAAAAAUUUCAAAAUUAAUCUCCAAUGGCCUCAUAAUACCAAUUAAAAAGAUUAAAUUGUAAAUUAAAUUGAUGACUAUGAUAAUUUAUGUUAAAUUAUUAAAAUUUAGGAUGAUUGGGUGUAUUUUGUAUUUUUUUUUAUAUGUAUAUUCUACGUAGCACGAUUAGUAAUAAAAUUAAAUUGCAAGUUGGGGACAAAAUUAGUCCCCAAGCGACACUAGUUAAUUUCUCAGAAGAAAACGAUUAUUGAAUUUAAAUAUAUUGAUUUCGGAACCACGAGGGAUGAAACUAUGAACGAUCGAAUUUGUAUUUUUCACUGAUUAACGUUUGCAAUAGACAGAGCUGAUCGAUAAGUUCGCGUGUUCAGCUAGUUGAUUGAAGAUUAGCUGAUGGCUGGCGUAAGAACAAAGUUGACGUAAUUGGGUUACGUACGUUAGUCUUCUUUUCAUUUCGAGCGAAUCAACAGCGCAUAGGGUAUUCGUUUGAAUCUUCCUUCACAAAAGACAAGUCAGAAAUAACGGCUGGAAAUAGAAUGCUAUUCAAUCAAUUCAAUAUUUCGAGAAUGCUCAGUAAUGAAUUUUUAUUAUCAUUUUAUUCUGAAACAUUGAUCUCUCCGUUUGACAAAGUUUGAUCAAUUUGUUGGAAAAAUUCGAUCAUGUCGAGUAUUAUUUGAGAUUACGUUAACCUUUUCGUGUCAUAUGACAACCACAGUAGACUUGUGGCGUUAUAAUAAAUUGUAUGACGAUUGUUUUUGAUUUUAUAUAUUAAUUUUAUAUAUUACUCGGUACAUUAUAUUAAUUAAGGUAUUUGAUCUUCGAAGAUAUUUAAAUAUUUACUGAUGAAGAUUUAGACGACGAAGUAAUUGCCCCUUUCAAUAGAAAAUCAUGUUUAAGUUCUGUCGAAGCUAAAAUAAUCUGACAAGAUAAUUUGAUUGCCUAACAAU